UAAGCACCCUCAUUUGCCACGCAAGUCUGUGCGGAGGGCGCAGAUCAUUGGUCGAUAACUAGGAAUAUAUACUGUGGUAUUUAUUCACGCUCGGAAGAGUGUUGUAUGAAGAAGGAUAACACAAUGAACCCCUCACAUCAUACAUCGCACAGCAGCUCUGAGCAUCAGAAAUAUGCUUCUGUUGGUUAUAGGCGCAAACGGACAUGGAGUGUCUCGCACUCUUCCAUAACCUCCCAGUCGUCUACUGCAUCACGAUUUCCACAAAAGCUUUACGAUCCAUCCCCUGCUGAGGUCGUCCAAGGCGACCUCGAAGCUUAUGGUUCAUUUACCACGACCGUAUCAGCACUCUUCUGGCUCCGCUCGUGUUUUUCUGUCCCUUCCAAACCACACGGGAAGCAACUGGACACAGGGUGGGCGAACGAGUACAACUUUGAACCCCCCGAUUUCUCUCGAUCGCGGUCUUGUUCACCUGUUCGCCCAUCUAUAAGUUGCACGUCCUCUAUGAACUCAGCCUUUGGUGAACAACUUAUAUCUGGUUUAUCCUCGCAUGACUCCCCGCCUGCAUCACCUCUCGGGGACAAUAUCUCUACACUUUGUCCCAUUCUUGAAGCUAUCGAGAAUGCCUCGAAGUUGUCGUGCCGCACUGUGUGCGUCACAUGCUUAAAAACAGGUAGGGACUUCCCGCACUGUCCCCGGUGUGGAGAUAUGUGGUGCUCCAGGGAAUGUAGGAUGCAGGGAGGGAAGAGACACGUUUGUAGAACGUGAUUCCCUCUAUGGUCUCUUACAAUGAAUACCGUCGCUGUCCAGAUUUUCUUCAAAAUGCUUUCCACCACUUUUAUUGCCCAUAUACCGUUUUACAGCGACCCCAUACGCACACACCAUGCUUCUAGACACUUUGUUCCGCACGCGUCACGCUUCUAGGCAGCUUCUUUUUAUUUACGCAAGCGUCAUAUGCUCCAACAGCUUUCUUUGAUACAUGCGUAACGCCAAUUGAAUUGAAUUAAGUGUAUUGGAUGGAGUCAUAUGACGUCUAUUAAGAUUAACUGAAGACAAUUCUUGUGCCCUGCGCAGGCACAAUUGCGACAUUUU